AUGGAAUCUCAGAGUUACGAUAUUGAUUCGACUACAGGUGGAUGGACAAAAGCAUCACAUAUCGAUCAUUCACCUCGAACUUACGAUUCGAGUGAAACACCAACAGUCAAUUCAACAAAUCCCAACUAUCAUCCAUCGUCAACAGUGAACAGCUCAAUGAACGAAUCAGUUGCCAGCAAGGCUACAACUGAAUUGAAAAAAGGUCAACAACAUGCAGAAGAUAUCAUUACUAAGUCCAAAAGACUCUUUCUUCAGCAAUGGAAUCAAACUCGUCAAUCAGUGAUUCACUUUCAAAAAAGAGCCAAAGAAAUGGUACCCAAACAAGCCAAUAAUCUUAUCUAUUGGCAAAAUCCGAUUCAUUCGGGCAUCGUCUUCGGUGUUUUAUUGUCUAUUAUAAUAACAUUUAUGUUUUUAUCGUCAUUGGCUGCUAUAUCAUUUUGGUUACUUGCACUUCUUGUUGUUGUUGGCCUCUAUAAAUUAUAUAAUUAUGUCAUGGCAACAUUCGUCGGUCGAAUUCAAGAUGACAUUUUCGAUGCGAUGUUUUCAUCUGAAAUUCAUAUCUCCGAACAACAAGCUCAAGCUCUCGCUAGUUAUGUUCGUAAGAAUGGAACCAGUAUUCUACGCCAAGCACGAAGUCUCUUCUUAUGGAACAAUUUGACAAACUCAAUUCUUUUCGGUUUGAUUCUCUUCGCUACAUUUUACAUUGGUCUAUCAAUGAACACAUUGACGUUUGGACUUGUUGGAUUAAUCUUCUUAUUUACAAUACCGAAAAUCUAUCAAGUAUAUCAAGUACCAAUCGAUAAUUUUGCUAAACAAAUUCUUGAUCAAAUCAAUCAAGUUUUAGCCAAAGUAACGAACAAAGCACCAGUUAAACCAAAGAAAUCUUAA